CGGGAUAUACCUAUGAUAUACCCGGUUCUUUCCCAGUGCAAAACACAAUUGUGGUUGUGCUCGAGCAAGAUAGGUGGUUUUGGGCGUAAAAGGAAUCCCACCAUCCAAAGUCCGAACCCGUUUACGGCCGCUACCCGGUUUCUUUACAUCCAGAUUAGUUCAUUAUAAUCCGAGAUUCUUGAUUUCUUGACCUCUGUUCCCGUCGGGUCAAAACUCUGCCUUCCACCUGAUCUCUCCUCUAAGCUUCAUAAUCAUACCCUGUUGUUAUUCGGGACGAUAAGCAAAUGAACAAUAGAUGGUUUGAUGGUCAAACAGGGAUCCAUCAUCCUAACCAGCAGCAUAAUGAGGAAGAUGAGGCUUCUAUUCUUGAGGAUCUUAUAGAAGACUUUCGGCUACCAAUCGGACACAGACCAACAGAAAAUUUGGAUUUAGAAAAUGUUGAGCAAGCAUCAUUAGACAAACAAUUGACAUCGUCAAAUGUUGGGUUCAAGCUUCUCCAGAAAAUGGGGUGGAAGGGGAAGGGGCUUGGAAAGGAUGAACAGGGUAUCAUUGAGCCAAUAAAGUCUGGAAUACGAGAUGCAAAACUAGGGAUUGGAAAGCAAGAGGAAGAUGAUUUCUUUACAUCAGAAGAAAACAUCCAGAGAAGAAAGCUUGAAAUCGAGGUUGAGGAGACUGAAGAACUUGCAAAGAAACGGGAGAAGGCAGCAUAUAGCAUAUAUAUGUGUGUGUCUUUUGACGGGAACGGUAAAUCAAGUACCGAACAUCAAGUUUGGAAGGGUCUUGAGAAUUUCGUGCAGUUUUUAUUACCCUGGUGGCCUUCUACUGCCUUGCUUCCUUCCUGCACAUUAUGAAAAUCCAGGUUUUAGCCGAAAGAGAGCACAAAAUUCAGACUGAGGUGAAGGAAAUACACAAGGUUUUCUUUUGUGACCUUUGCAACAAGCAAUAUAAAUUGGCUAUGGAGUUUGAAGCUCACCUUAGCUCGUACGAUCACAACCAUAGAAAGCGCUUCAAAGAAAUGAGAGAAAUGCACGAAAGUAGCAGUCGCGAUGAUAGACAAAAACGUGAGCAGCAACGUCAAGAGAGAGAGAUGGCUAAGUUUGCUCAAAUGGCCGGUGUCAAUAAGAAGCAGCAAGAGAAAGAAGAGACCAUUCAGGCCUCCCAUGUAAUGAGAACUGCAACCGCCCUUGCUGAUCAAGAUCAGAGGAAGACUUUGAAGUUUGGAUUUUCUGCAAAAGGCAGCCAAUCGAAGAAGAUGGUUGGGAACAUGGCAAAGAAACAGAAAGUAUCUGUUGCAUCAGCAUUUGGCAAUGAAAGUGAUGAUGAGUAGAGGGGAGGGAUGUUAAGGCUCUGUUUGGCAUUUGGGAAUUGGGAUAACUAACUAUAUGAAUAUUGUUGUACAACUUUAACUACACAAAUCCAUUUUCAUCCAUUUUAAUUUAACUGUGCUUUUCCUGACCAAAUAUGUGGUUAGCAAGUUUGCAGAUGUACCGUUAUAAAUAAAGUUGUUUUUGUUCU